UCGCCCCUCGCUGCAGCCGCGCCGCCGGGGUCAGCCUCCCUCGGGAGACUCCAUUUGCUCUUAGUGCGGAGUGGCCGCCGUGCAGGCGGGCUGAGAGUGAUGCCCUCGGCUGGCGGACAGACGUCCCCAGCGCCCCGGGGCCGCUCGCUCGCUGGCUGGCUGCGGCGGUGACCCCGGUCGCCGGCUUCCUCGGCAAACCCGGGCUCCCUCCGCGGGGGUGAGGACGUCCGGCGCUCCAGAGCUCGCCCAGCGGGGCGAGGCCCUCGCUAGCACGGCUUCUCUCUGACCUCUUAACCUCAGGAGGUUUCGGAAGCUCCGAGUGCCUGUACAGCCCCCACAGGAACUACUGUUGGCUCAUCGAGGAUCCUCUCUCACCAGGAUUAUUGUAACAUCCUCUUCACCGAGUCCUCCACCCCAUAGCCUCUACCUUGGGUCCUGAUUUCCACCAAUGAAGUUUUUUGAUAUUUUCUUUAAUCAUGUGAUAUCACCUCUUGUUCACCUUUCUCCUUUCCAGUUGCCAAACCCAUUUGGUAUAAGUUUGUGUCGCGUCCAAGUACAGUUUUCUGCUUGUCCACUCUCACCUGGCAUUUGCGCCACUCACUUCUGUCCAGCUCGCCUUACCUUGCUUGCCUAUGAUUUCCAUAAGCACUCGUACCUGUGUGACUUAUAGCAGUCCUUACCUAGAGCAGACAGCAUUCCAUACAGUCACUGCCUGACCAAGACAACGUAGUCAGGGGGUGAGUCCCAUUAUAUUUUCCUGUAUGUCAAAUUUGCAAGUCCUCUCUUGACUUAAACUUUAUUCGCUAGCGCCUUUCCCAAAAUGCUAAGCACAGAACUUUACCCACAAUGAUAGCAAGAGUUAAGUAUGCAGAAGGACUGUGUUAGAGACUUUGCUAGUACAUAUUGGUUCAGCGUCUAACCUGCAGUAAGAUUGCAGUUCAUUAAAAGACCUUAAACUAAGUGAAGAGGAAGAAAGAUAGAAGAUAGGGUUAAUCGGAGCUCGUCCUUAUUGUAGGAACCUUGCAACUUUUAAAACAGCAGUGAAGAGAGUUAUGUAGACCUUAUCUGGAAAUUGGCCAUCAUGCUAUUUACCUAGGUCCUAGGGGGCAGAGGAGGGAUCUUCGGACCUCACUAUAAUUUCAAGUUAUAUAUAACUUAAAAUGUCAAAUUAUAUUUGAAUAAAAUAACUUAUAUUGUAUUCAAAUAUAAGUUAAUUAUCUUGUUUUAGUGAUUGCCUAAAAUAAUAGACACUUAAAAUGUUGGGGAAACGUAAGCGUGUGGUAUUAACAAUUAAGGACAAGCUUGACAUUAUUAAGAAACUUGAGGAAGGCAUCUCUUUCAAAAAACUUUCUGUGGUAUAUGGAAUUGGUGAAUCCACAGUUCGUGAUAUUAAAAAGAACAAAGAAAGGAUUAUAAGCUAUGCAAACAAUUCAGAUCCUACAAGUGGGGUAUCCAAACGUAAGUCUAUGAAGUCAUCAACGUAUGAGGAACUUGAUAGAGUUAUGAUAGAGUGGUUUAACCAACAGAAAACAGAUGGGAUUCCAGUGUCUGGAACGAUUUGUGCAAAACAAGCCAAGUUCUUUUUUGAUGCUUUGGGGAUGGAAGGUGAUUUUAAUGCAUCAUCUGGGUGGCUAACACGAUUUAAGCAGCGCCAUGGUAUUCCUAAGGCUGCUGGUAAAGGAACAAAAUUAAAAGGAGAUGAAACUGCUGCCAGUGAAUUUUGUGGUAACUUUCAGGAAUUUGUUGAAAGAGAAAAUUUACAACCAGAGCAAAUUUAUGGUGCUGAUCAAACUGGAUUGUUCUGGAAAUGUCUGCCAUCGAGGACAUUAGUUCUUGAAACUGAGCAAAGUACUUCUGGGUAUAGGUCAAGCAGAGAGAGAAUCAUUAUUAUGUGUUGUGCAAAUGCCACUGGUUUACACAAACUUAAUCUUUGUGUUGUGGGAAAAGCAAAAAAACCCCGUGCAUUCAAAGGAACUGACCUUUCAAACCUUCCUGUCACUUAUUUCAGUCAAAAAGGUGCAUGGAUAGAACAGUCUGUUUUCAGACAGUGGUUUGACAAAUACUUUGUGCCACAGGUACAGAAGCAUUUGAAAUCCAAGGGACUUCUAGAAAAAGCAGUGCUUCUUUUAGAUUUCCCCCCACCACAUCCAAAUGAAGAAGUGUUGAGUUCAGAUGAUGGUAGAAUAAUUGUGAAAUAUUUGCCACCGAAUGUCACCAGUUUAAUUCAACCAAUGAGUCAGGGAGUUCUAGCCACUGUAAAAAGAUACUACCGAGUGGGACUUCUCCAGAAAUACAUGGAUGAAGGAAUUGACCCAAAAAUGUUUUGGAAGAACUUAACAGUGUUGGAUGCAAUUUAUGAAGUAUCAAGAGCUUGGAACAUGGUAAAAUCAAGUACCAUAACCAAAGCAUGGAAAAAACUUUUCCCAAGCAAUGAAGGGAAUUCAGGAAUGAACAUUGAGGAAGGAGCCAUUUUAGCAGCUAACUUAGCAACCCUCUUACAGAAUACAGAAGACUGUGAACACGCUGACAUUGAGAAUAUCGAUCAAUGGUUUGACACUCGGAGCAAUGACUCAAGCUGUCAGGUGCUAACUGACAGUGAAGGUGCUGAGGACCAGGGCAGAGCUACUGAGCGUAAGACUCCCGGUAAGACUAGAAAAACAGAACUAAAUCCAGAGAAGCAUAUUAGCCAUAAAGCUGCACUUGAAUGGACUGAAAAUUUACUGGGUUAUCUAGAACAACAAGAUGACAUGCUUCUAUCUGACAAAUUGGUAUUACGGAGGCUUCGGACCAUAAUAAGAAGAAAACAGAAGAUCCAAAAUAAUAAAAGUUAUUAAUAGUGCUCUUAAGAGUUUCAGUGUAUUUGCAUCCUUGUAACUGUUUAUCUGCAGUGGAACUUACCUUGUUUGAAGUGCUGUGGAUUCCAAAGCCAAAUACGUUUUAUAGAUGAUUUUAGGAUUAGAUGCCAUUUUGGAUUACUUAAAUUGCAUCUGUUAAUGUUGACUCUAGUAAUUGAGCAUUGACAUGUAACUUGUCUAUUCUUUCUAAUCUGUAUUAUGCUAAUUAGAUCACAAGGUACCUGAGGCCAGGGAUCUUGUGUCUGUUUUGUGCCUGAAUUUCAAUGUGUCUAAUAAAUGACCAUGCACAAUAUAGGCACUCAAUAAAUCUUACUUAAAUUGAA